AUGAUCAUCCCCGUGCGCUGCUUCACCUGUGGGAAGCUUAUCGGAAACCUCUGGAGCCUGUACGAAAAGAAAUUAGAAGAAGGAGUGUCCAAGUGUGACGCCCUAGACGAACUAAAUUUAACGAGAUACUGCUGCAGGAGGAUGAUCCUGACCCACGCGGACAUGAUGGACAAGCUUCUCUGCUAUAAUAUUUAUGAGAGGAAGUUGUAG